UACCUUAACAGUGAGAAACCUGACCAACUAUAUCUUGACGAGCGAAACUGCAAGGUGCUGCUUUGCCUAAGUUGCUCUUCGGCACACAGCCAUUACUGCAGGCAAUUCAAACAUCUUAAAAAGCUGCGUUAAAGUGUAGUACCGCUCAGGGGCGGAGCUCUGCGGGGCUUUUGACCGUAGAGGCGGAAUGCGAACCUUCGGGCCCAGCAAAACUGCCCUCCACUUCAGGAGGAGCAAGAAGAAUGCGGGAGAGGAGGCGGAGGACCCUCAAAAGUACCGUCUAGAGGAGGGCGACGGAACCACACAUGCCCAGCGCAUUGUGCGGGAGCUCUACCAGCGCUAUGAGAGGCAGCUGCAACGCUGGAAGGACUACCGGAAUCUCUUCAUCUUCUUGUGCUUCGUAGCGCUCUUCUUGGGAGUGCUGUAUGAGCAGCGCAAUGCUGGCAUCUCAUACCAGGUGCACAGCACCAUCGAGUCGGUCGCGGCGCCCAGCGACAACAUCAUGCAGGACACCGACGCGGUGUACAGCUGGCUAAACGGACUGCUAACGGAAGUCUGGAAGGACCCGGUCUGCGGUGACGGCCUGUGCGAAGCGCCGUUCGAAUUUGCGUCGUAUAGCAGAUUCGGCUGUCGAGCAGAUUGCGGCAAGCUGUCAGAAGUGCAGAACCUGACCAAGAUCCAAAUAGACAUAUACUACGACUUCUCCCACCCCGUGGGCAGCAUCCCAGCCUCGGACCUAAUGCAGCAGGCAUCCUGGAACCUGUGCCCCCUGGCGACAGCCUACAGCAGUGACUGCUACUUCGACGCCGACAAGGAGUUUGACCGCCUCUCGGGCGUGCAGAACUUCGUCCUUGACGACGCGCCCGACGGCGACUGGAACCUGGUGGUGCGCCGCGAUAUUUUUAAUAAAAUCCGCGGCGCGGUGCGCGAUACCACGCUCGUGUACGCCAGCGCCUUCUACUACAAGAUUUACGUGGCGGCGGCGGCAGCGCGUGCGGAGCAGGCGUUUGAGAUCAGCCUGCUGAACCAAGCCAUUAACAUCACCAGCCAGGAUUUCUGGACCUAUGCCAACAGCGUCAUCAUGGCCGGCUACCCCAAUGCCACCGAGUACGACGCCGCCGUCGGUUGGGUCAAGAACGCCACGUGCUUCUGCGACAGCGUGGCGAAUGAUACGGUGGCCUCCGGCACGCCCUUCACGCCUGAGGCGCUGAUGCUGUACCUUAACCAGUCGGUGUCGGCCACCGACCCCAAUGCGCCCUUCAGCUACACGCUGACCCAGUACAAGAACGACCCGUACUACUGCGCAUCUGGUCCGUUCGACCCCCGUGAGUGGCGUGGCCGCAACGUGACAGUGAACAGCACCGCCGUCAACGCGACCGCUAACUCCACUGCCAGCAGCGGCAACGUGACGUGGACCAAGGAGCUGGUCACCAUCAACAUGGCCAACCAGACCGCGCUGCGCGACUGGUGCGUGGGCGGCCUCAACCUCUCCAUCGCCUGGCGCACCAACAUGACCAACACCGUGCAGCGCCUGCUCAUUGACCGCCGCCUGGGCGACCAGCGCACCACCGGCAAGAUCGCACAGCGCAACAACGUCAACGACCGCAUGCUGGCCUUCAUACGCGCCAACCGGCCGGAGCUGGUGGCGCCGGUGUUCAACGCGCCACGCGGCACGGUGGCGCUGCAGGACCCCAUCAACGCGCGCCUGGAGUACCUGUACCCGCUGUACGUGGACGGUGUUAAGUACAGCACGGAGCCGCAGCGCGCCGCGCUCAACAUGACGCGCCGCAUCGUGUACAACACCACCGUGCACCUGCUCAGCCUGCGCCCGCGCGCGGCGGCGCGCAUCGCCGAGGUGCAGGAGCAGAUUGCGGACGUGCGCGCCAUCGCGCUGCCCACGCCCAUCACCAGCUACCAGAACUACACCUUCCCCAACGCCACCGUGGGCGACGUGUACGACGCCUUCAUCAACGCCGGCGCCACCAGCUUCAGCGUGCCGGCGCCCACCAACUCCUCGCUGGGCGCGUUCCAGGUGUCGUACAACCUGGUGGAGUGGCUGGGCAACACCACCGCCUACAUGCGCUGCGACCUGGCCGACCGCGGCGCCGAGUACGAGGGCGAGUGCGUGGCCAUGAACAACACCUGCAUCGCCACCACCAACGACACCGUGCCCUACAACUGCACCGACCUCACCAACAACGGCGCCACCAUCACCGGCAACCUGUCCAACCCCGACUACCGCAUGCGCUGCGAGACGCCCUGCGACCGCCGCUUCGACUGCAACACCAUCUGCGAGUGCUACGGCACCUGCGCCGCCACCGAGUACUGCGAGUGCGACGCCUGCAUCCAGCUCAACGUCAACGCCGCCGCCGACACGCAGUUCGUGGACAUCCGCUCCAUCGUGCAGGACCAGGCCGCCGCCAGCGCCAGCAUCGCCAGCAUAGGGCUCAGCGGCACCGUCAACCGCCGCGCCUCGCGCCGCCUGCUGACCACCAACGAGGAGAUUGCGGCGCAACUGUCCAACGUGCUCACGCAGGUCGGCACCGUGUCGACGCAGCAGGGCUCCAUCGCGACCCAGAUGGCCACGCUCAAGGCGCAGGUGGACCGCGCCAACCAGCUGGCGGAGGCCCGCGCCAACGACAACCGCCUCAUCGACCUCAUCAACGCCGGCCGCGCCGACAUCCAGGCCGGCCAGGCGCGCGUCGAGGCCAAGCUGGACGAGAUCAUCGGCAAGCAGAACCAGGCGCUGGCGGCGGCGGAGGACGCAGCCAAGGCGCUGAGCGCCAUCCAGGGCCUGGCGGAGCGCCAGGUGGCGGCGCAGCGUGCGCUGGAGACGGCUGUGACCAACCAGCUGUCGGCCAUCAAGACUGCCACCUACCAGUCCAUCAUCACGCUGACGCAGGCGCUGGCGCUGUGGAAGCGCGCGCGCCGCGACAAGGCGCUGACGCUCAAGGCGGCCAAGCUGGCCAACGUGCCGUGCACCAGCGACCCCGUGUCCACCAACACCUUCACGCUGGACAACGGCAACAUCGUGGACACCACCACCAGCCGCGAGCGCAAUGUCGGUCUCACCAACCGUGUCAUCGGCGGCCUGCUGCUGCACCAGACUCGCACCAACGAGACGCUGUGCCCCGAGUCCAAGUUCGACAAGAUCCAGAAGACCUGCACGGGCCCCCAGACCGUGGCCUCGUUCGGCGUGGACCCCAUCUUCAAGCGCGGCACCACCCUCUACAACCCCGACUAUGACGACGUGAACGGCACCAAGGUGUUGGACUUCUACAACUGCUCGGUGCUGAGCUCCCCCACCUACAACGUCUCCUUCCUGAACCAGACCGUCAAUCCGGCGCCCUACUGCGCGGAGCUGUACAACCCGCAGGAGCUGCCCUACGCCUUCCACUUCUUCCCGCUGAGCGGCAAGGACGACGGCUUCCCGGUCUGGUUCGACAUCAACCUUUCGCAGGACGGCGCCCAGACCUGGUUCACCUACCUCCAAGAGGGCCUGUACCUGGAUCAGAACACGCGCACCAUGACGGCCGAGAUGGUCACCUACAACGCGCCGCUGCGCAUCUUCUCCUACUUCUACAUCAAGUUCUACUUCUCCGAUGGCGGCUCCAUCAAGGUCACCUACCGCCUCAACACGGCGCGCGUGGAGCUGCAGAACAGCUACGAGGACGACGUGCGCUUCGGCUUUGAGAUCAUCCUGUCCAUCUGGAUCUCGCUGCUGUUGCUGAUCAACUUCUGGGACAUUGGCAAUUGCCAGAAGACCAAGGGCAACUUCCUCAAGUACUUCCUGUCGGGCUGGAACUGGGUGGAGUUCUGCAGCAACGGCCUGCUGUUCAGCUGCAUGGUGAUGUGGUGGGUCAUCUCCAGCAAGUACGCUUCCAAGUUUGAGAUCCCGAUCCGUCGCGACGUGUACGCCGGCCUGUCGGCGGAAGCCAACUUCCUGGCGCUUCAGUCUAACGGCGCCUGGCUGAACGAGGCCAACAACGACUUUGAGGAGCUGAAGCAGCUGGUGGACAUGUUCAACUGGUACUUUGCGCUCAACGGCAUCAACAUCCUGCUGCUGAUCGCCCGCGUGCUCAAGCUGAUGGACUUCCAGCCGCGCCUGGGUGUGGUCACGCGCUCGCUGUGGCUGGCUGGCCCCGACCUGUGCCACUUCGCCAUCGUGGCGGGCAUGGUGUUCGUGGGCUACGCCAUGAUGGGCCACCUCAUCUUCGGCAACGCCAUUCCGGCCUUCGCCACCUUUGGCGACGCCAUCAACACCUGCUUUGAGAUCCUGCUGGGCAACAUCGACGUCAAUUCCGACCUUCGUGCGCUGGGCGGCCUGCAGAGCGUGGCCGGCGCCCUGUGGUUCUGGAGCUACGAGCUGCUGGUGUACAUGGUGCUGCUCAACUUCCUGCUCGCCAUCAUCGUGGACGCCUUCUCCGAGGUCAAGGAGAAGACGCACGAGACGGUGGGCAUCCACACCGAGCUCUUCCAGCUCAUGCGCGACAAGUGGCGCUCGCUGCUGGGCAGCUUCUCGCCCAACUACAUCUCGGACGCCAAGCUGGGCGACCUGCUGCGCCAGUGGGCGGGCGAGGGUGACGACAAGGACGACAGCCCCGAGGUCCGCGAGGAGAAGCGCAAGCUGCUCACGAUCCUGAACGAGGACAUGGACGAGGAGACGCUGCGCGAGGUGUUUGAGGAGUGCCUGCGUGACGCGCCCGCGGCCGACCCCAAGGCCAAGCAGGGCAACGUGCUCGCACGCCUCUUCAAGCGCAACGUGGGCGCCGGCGACACCGACGCCACCAAGAAGGAGAUCGAGCAGGCCGCGCAUUACAUCGUGGAGCGCUUCGGCGCCGUGCCUGACGACUACGACGAGGAUGAGGACGACGACCAGGAGCAGCUGCAGGCUGCGCCGCAGCAGGCGAUCAUGGGCGGCGGCGGUAUGCCUGCGGCGCCGGGCGCGCGCGAGGCGGUACUGGAGAAGGAGCGCGACCAGCUGGCCCAGGCCCUGGAGCGGCUGGCCGAGGUGCAGCGCGAGCUGGCGGAGGGCCAGCGCAACCUCAUGAGCGGCCAGAAGCAGCUGGCGGAGCAGCAGUCCAAGCUGGUGCAGCUGAUGAAUGAGACCCCGCCCCAGUAAAACGCUUGGGGUCCAUGCGGAGGUGGCUUCUGCCGUCGUGGGCUGGCCAGGCAGGGGACACGAGUGCGUAUGAGUGCGUAUGGGUGUCACGACGCGGGGCUGUGCUGUUCCGCGUCCGCUCUCAGCACGCCGGCUGGCCCGCGCGGCCCGUCUCUGCAGGACAUGUGUGAUUCGACUUGCGGCUUUGCAUGAACUGUGUUUGCUUUUGACGGCUUGAUAGCGUCAGCUGCCUAGGCGGUGUGGAUAUGGAAGGUGUGUGGGAGGUGGCGAUCAUGAUUAGCUUUUUGGAUGUGUCCAUGGUACCGCUUUGUAGAGGUGGCGCCGGAGGACAACGGUUAGCUCUUGAGCAACCCUGUCCGGUCCUUGGCUUUUCAUUGCGCAUUUGUUGGAAACACUCGGAGGGCUGCGUCUUCUUUGCGCGCGUGAUACGGGGAUGCUUUUCUCAAGUACCCCACUGACUAUGUUCUUCAUCCCUUAGCUGUGCGUCCCUUUCCGUGACUUUUCUGUCUGUGUCGUGGUGCGAAGAACGGACGAGUGUGGUGGCGGGUACCACUCCUGUAUUUGUGACAUGGGAGGGAUUUUAGCGGGCUGCACAAGCCUGCCUAUAGAAUCUCCGUAUUCAUACUGUCGUGUGCCAUUUCAAUUAGCGUCUUGUAAUUCGGCCAGCUCGUUCUUCGCCUGUAAUGAAUGCGGAUGUUACAGAGGGGACAGUCCCAGCACCCGAAGGCGCCCUGUAAUGGGGCGGCCCA